CUCGGGGGCAAGGCAGCGGGACAGGCCGGGCGAGGAGCUCCGCGGCUGCGGGCCGGGCUGCACGGGAAGCCGAUGUUCGCAUUCUGGCCCCCCGGCCAAGGCUUCCAAGGUGGCGACAGACAAGGUUGCAGGAAAGCUGAGUUCUACUCUCUCAUGGGUGAAGAACACUGUAUCGCAUACUGUCAGUCAAAUGGCCAGUCAGGUGGCAAGUCCAUCUGCCUCAUUACACACUACAUCCUCCUCUACCAGUCUUUCUACUCCAGCGCUAUCACCAUCCUCACCAACACGGUUGAGUCCAGAUGAUUUAGAAUUAUUGGCUAAACUAGAGGAACAGAACAGACUGUUGGAGACAGACAGCAAAUCCUUGCGUUCAGUAAAUGGGUCAAGAAGAAACAGUGGCUCCUCCCUUGUAUCUAGUUCAUCAGCUUCUAGCAACCUCAGCCAUCUCGAAGAAGACUCCUGGAUUCUGUGGGGAAGAAUUGUAAAUGAAUGGGAAGAUGUACACAAAAAGAAAGAAAAGCAAAUUAAGGAGCUUGUUCGAAAAGGGAUACCCCAUCAUUUUAGAGCAAUCGUUUGGCAGCUUUUAUGCACUGCUCAAAGCAUGCCAAUAAAGGAUCAAUAUUCAGAGCUUUUGAAAAUGACUUCUCCUUGUGAAAAACUGAUAAGAAGGGACAUUGCUAGAACAUACCCUGAACAUGAUUUUUUUAAAGAAAAAGACAGUCUUGGGCAGGAGGUUUUAUUUAAUGUUAUGAAGGCUUAUUCUUUAGUGGAUCGUGAGGUUGGAUACUGUCAAGGAAGUGCUUUUAUCGUUGGGCUGCUGCUUAUGCAGAUGCCAGAAGAGGAAGCAUUUUGUGUGUUUGUCAAAUUAAUGCAAGAUUAUAGACUUCGAGAACUCUUUAAACCAAGUAUGGCUGAGCUGGGCCUUUGUAUGUACCAGUUUGAAUACAUGAUACAGGAGCAACUACCCGAGCUUUAUGUGCACUUUCAGUCUCAGAGUUUCCAUACUUCUAUGUAUGCUUCAUCAUGGUUUUUAACUAUCUUUCUUACAACUUUUCCACUACCAAUUGCAACAAGAAUAUUUGAUAUCUUUAUGUCUGAGGGUUUAGAAAUAGUAUUUCGAGCAGGUUUAGCAGUUCUUCAGAUGAACCAAGCAGAAUUAAUGCAACUUGACAUGGAAGGGAUGUUACAGCACUUUCAAAAGGUCAUUCCACAUCAGUUUGACAAUGGCCCAGACAAACUAAUCCAAGCAUCUUACCAAGUCAAAUACAAUGCAAAAAAGAUGAAAAAGUUAGAAAAGGAAUACACUACAAUAAAAACUAAAGAAAUGGAAGAACAAGUUGAAAUUAAAAGAUUACGAACAGAAAACAGACUCUUAAAACAGCGCAUUGAAACACUAGAAAAAGAAAGUGCUUCCUUGGCAGAUAGAUUGAUACAGGGACAAGUGACAAGGGCCCAGGAGGCUGAGGAAAACUACCUCAUAAAACGGGAGCUAGCUACCAUCAAACAGCAGAGUGAUGAGGCCAUUACUAAACUGGAGCAAGCUGAGAAUACCAUCAGGGAGCUCCAGCAGCAACAAUGGCAUAAGUGCAGUUCCCGCUACAGUGAAGACUUUGUGCUACAGCUGGAAAAAGAGUUGGUCCAAGCGAGACUAAGUGAAGCGGAAUCCCAUUGUGCUCUGAAGGAGAUGCAAGAUAAGGUUCUAGAAAUGGAAAAGAGGAACAGCUCUUUACCUGAUGAGAAUAAUGUUGCCAGACUCCAAGAAGAACUGAUUGCAGUGAAGUUGAGAGAAGCAGAAGCUUUGAUGGGCCUAAAAGAACUUAGACAGCAAGUUAAGGAUUUGGAGGAACACUGGCAGCGUCAUCUAGCUCGCACUGCUGGAAGAUGGAAAGAUCCAUCCAGAAAGAACACCGUGAAUGAAUUGCAAGAUGAAUUGUUGACAAUCCGAUUGAGAGAAGCAGAAAGUCAGGCAGAUCUAAAAGAGAUGAAACAAAGAAUGAUGGAGAUGGAAACACAGAACCACAUCAACAGUAACCAUUUACGGAGGGCGGAGCAAGAGGUCACCAGUCUACAAGGAAAGGUGCAAUAUCUUUCUGCGCAGAACAAAGGGCUUCUUGCUCAGCUGAGUGAAGCAAAACGUAAACAAGCAGAGACUGAGUGCAAGAACAAGGAAGAAGUGAUGGCAGUAAGACUCCGUGAAGCAGACAGCAUAGCAGCUGUGGCAGAACUCCAGCAGCAUAUUGCUGAACUAGAAAUCCAGAAAGAAGAAGGAAAAAUUCAAGGGCAGCUUAAUAACUCUGACUCUAACCAGUAUAUUAGAGAACUGAAAGAUCAGAUAGCAGACCUGAAUGAUGAGAUCAGAUGCCUAAAAGGCCAGAAAGGCUUCUCAGACCAACCCACUUUUGAUGGGAUUCACAUUGUCAACCAUUUGAUAGGAGAUGAUGAGUCAUUUCAUUCUUCUGAUGAAGAUUUUAUAAGUAACUCCAUACAGGAGGGUAGGGUCCACUUUCAUUUACACAGAAGGACUGGACAGAUGGCUUUGGACCCAACUGUAGUAGAUAGCAGCGACAGUGAUACUGAAGAAGGUGUUCUAGACACUGGUGAUACAGACAAGAUUAUUCCAAAGCAAAAGAACCAGCAAAGAAUGGAAUCCUACUCCACUACUGUGUGAUCAUCACUGUGACUAGCAUCUAAGACUUCAGAUUUCUUUUUAAUGACUAAAAAUGCCCAGCUCUUGGAUUAGAUCGCUAUUGUGGCUUGUCUGACACAUUUUAUAUAUAAUAUAUGUAUAUAUGUAUACACACACUUUACUGUUUGCCUUCUACCUUUGCCAAAUCUUCAUCACUGACAUACCAUAGAGUAAAUUGGGAAGAAGUUGAUGGAUGACUGUUCUAACAGUAUUACUGAAUGUUCCUUGUUUUAGAAAAUGCAUAUAUAUAAUUUCUUUAAAUGCAUAACCAUUUUGCCAUUCAUAAACUUGGGAAAUCUUUUCUUCAAAAGAAACUGCUCUUGUGCAAUAUUUUAUACUCCGUGAACUAAUGUGUUCUUUUUACAUUGUUAUCCAUUUGUGAUCAAGAUGGACGUUAGCAAACUGGCUGAUCAUGGUGUACGCCUAAUUAUUUUUUGUUGUUAGUUAUUUUUAAUUAAAACGAAACAAUUAUUGGAGACCCGUAAAAGGCUCCAAACACAAGCCUUUAUUUCUUCUGUUUUUAAAUACAAAUUAAUGGUCACAAAUGUCAAAAAGGUUUUUUAAAUCAUUGACUUCUAAUUUUUGUGCAUCUGCUAUUGAUGUGUUGCUAAUAAAAAAAAACCUGGUCAAAGUAUGUUAACUACAA